GCAGACUGGUUUAAAUUACCCACCAGGAAUUAUGUGGCUGUAUGCGUAUGCUUAAUUCACGCUCCUUCAGAGUGAGCCUGGGUGUUUUCUCCCCCUCCCUUCUUGUCUCUCCGUUCAUAUAACCCAGCCUGUCUCCAGCUUGCCUUUCCCCACUUGACUCGCUGGCCCUGAGCACGGAAGGGUGCAGUGUCUCUGAGGAUGGGCACUUUCUUCUCUGAGCAGGGGUGGCUGUGCCUGACUGUCACCGCAGUGCUGGGAGCAACAAUUCUUUGCAGAUUCAAGAAGAGCCAAGGGCAGGUGGGGAGAAAGGUGGUCUGCCUGGCAGGCCUCUGGGGAGGGGCUUGCCUACUCAGCCUGUCCCUCUUCUGGGGCUCGAUCCUAUUCUCCCUGUCGUGUUUCCUCUUGUAUACUUAUUUUUCGGGCCAAGAAUUGUUACCUGUGGAUCAAAAGGCGGUGCUGAUCACAGGUAGCGAUUCUGGGAUUGGCCAUGCUUUGUCCAAGUAUCUGGAUGAGCUGGGCUUCACAGUGUUUGCUGGAGUUCUGGAUGGAAAUGGAUCAGGAGCAGAGGAAUUACGAAGAACCUGCUCCAAGCGUCUCUCCGUGCUCCAGCUGGACGUCACCAACCCGCAGCAGAUAAAAGAUGCCCACAGCAAAGUGAAGGAAGAGGUGCAGAACAGAGGACUGUGGGCUUUGGUCAGCAAUGCUGGGGUCCUCGGCUUACCAACCGACGGGGAGCUCAUUCCCAUGACUGACUACAAACGAUGCAUGGCCGUGAACUUCUUUGGGGCCGUGGAAGUCACGAAGGCCUUUCUGCCUCUUCUUAGGAAAUCCAAGGGGAGGCUGGUGAGCAUCAGCAGCAUGGGAGGAGGGGUUCCAAUGAUUAAGAUGGCAGCCUACAGCUCAUCCAAGGCAGCUCUGACCAUGUUUUCAGCAGUCAUGAGACAAGAGCUUUCCAAAUGGGGAGUUAAAGUCUCUGUCAUCCAGCCUGGAGGCUUCCAAACAAACAUCGCAGGCACGAGUGACAUGUGGGACAAGCUGGAGAAAAACAUCCUGGACCACCUCACCCCUGACGUGCAAAAGGACUAUGGCCAGGACUACAUCCACAAGGAACGCAGUUUUCUCAAGUUAAUCAAAACCUCAGGCGAAGCGGACAUCUCCCCAGUGCUUCUGGACAUACAGCAUGCCAUUUCUGCCAAGAGCCCCUUUGCGUUAUAUGCGCCGGGGAAAAUGUCUUAUCUGUGGCUCUGCUUUGCUUCCUGUAGCCCUACUGGCAUAUUUGAUUAUGUUAGCAAAAAAUGUCACAGCUAUGGAAGGCACAUGCCCAGAGCCUUAAGCACGCCUAACUUGAAGAAUGAGACCAUGUAGGCAAAUCAGUGGGAAAUGUUAGAGUCUUGGAAUGAAAGGGAAUCUGGAGCUUCCCAUUAAAGCUGUGGUUUCCUACCUUGCA